GGAGGAGGAGGCGGAGGGCAGCUCAUUGUUACGGAGAGGGCGAGCUGCUCAGACCGCCGCCACAGCACGUGAAUAUCCCCGGAGAACAUUUCGGUAAAGUUGUGUCCGUUUAAUUCCUCCGUUUUUCUUCCUUCCUGAAUAUCCGAGCGGAGUGCCGCUGCUCCGCCUCCCCGUUGCCGCCCCGGCGGCUCUCUGCUGUAAAUGAUAACACCGGUGAGCGGAGCUGGCUGCCUCCGCUCCGGUUCCUAUCAGCGCCUGAGGUCGGAACCGCCUAUUGUCUGCUCGGCGUCUCUUCUCUCUGCUUGAAUCCGGGUUUUGGGUGACACUCCGGCGGUCAGAGGGAAGCCGCCGCGUAGACUCUCCUGGUCAGAUCACCGGACUGGUUGUUGCUGGUGCUCCCUUUAAAAGGAGCGUAGUUGGACUGGAAGCUCAGCCUCUCUCAGGUGACGGCCCUGUUACAUGAUGACGAUGGAGGGCACCGGCUUCGACCAGGAACACGUCGGAUGGUCCCUGCCAGCUUGGACCGUUUCUCUGUGAUCUCGGAAGAGACUCAAUUUUCAAACAGUUUUAAUUUUUUUUUCCCCUUACCUGGUGGAUGACCCUUACGGUUACAGAGGGUAACCUCUCGUCCUAAGCAGCCGUCUCCUCUGCUCUCUCGUGUGGGGGGGGGACCCCGGCGAUGGAUCUCCUGUGGGUGCUCUCCGUGUCGAUGCUCGCCGCCUGCGUGGCCAUCCCCAUGGACGCUGCGGCGGGCAGCCACAGUCUGUUCACCUGCGAGCCCAUCACCCUGCGCAUGUGUCAGGGUCUGCCAUACAACUCCACCUUCAUGCCCAACAUCAUGAACCACUACGACCAGCAGACAGCUGCUCUCGCCAUGGAGCCGUUCCAUCCCAUGGUGAACCUGCAGUGCUCCUCAGACCUCAGGAUGUUCCUGUGUGCCAUCUACGCUCCGGUGUGCACCGAGUACGGCCGGAUGACUCUGCCCUGCCGCCGCCUCUGCCUGCAGGCCCGGAGCGACUGCUACAAACUGAUGGACAUGUUUGGUGUCAGCUGGCCAGAGGAGAUGGACUGCAUCAGGUUCCCAGACUGCGAUGAGCCCUACCCUCGACCUGCAGACCUCCUGUCCACUUCAGACUCAACCGAGUCCCCCGUCUCCGUCCAGCGGGACUACGGCUUCUGGUGUCCCCGGGAACUCAAAAUCGAGCCAGAACUCGGCUACUCCUUCCUGGGCGUUCGAGACUGCUCCCCCCCGUGUCCCAACAUGUAUUUUACCCGCGAGGAACUGACGUUUGCCCGCUACUUUAUCGGGGUGGUGUCUAUCGUCUGCCUGUCAGCGACACUCUUCACCUUCUUGACUUUCCUCAUCGACGUGUCAAGGUUCCGCUACCCGGAGCGGCCCAUUAUCUUCUACGCCGUCUGCUACAUGAUGGUGUCCUUGGUGUUCUUCCUCGGCUUCCUGCUGGAGGACAGAGUUUCCUGUAAUGCGGCGAGUCCUGGUAGAUUUAGGGCGUCCACAGUGACUCAAGGAUCCCAUAAUAAGGCCUGCACGCUUCUCUUCAUGGUGCUGUACUUCUUCACCAUGGCUGGCAGUGUGUGGUGGGUCAUACUGACCAUCACCUGGUUCCUAGCAGCUGUUCCUAAGUGGGGCAGUGAGGCCAUAGAGAAGAAGGCGCUCCUCUUCCACGCCUGCGCCUGGGGCGUCCCAGGUGUCCUCACCGUCACUCUGCUCGCUAUGAACAAGAUAGAGGGAGACAGCGUGAGCGGCGUGUGCUUUGUGGGGCUUUACAACCUGACGGCGCUGCGUUGGUUCCUGCUGGCCCCACUGGGCCUGGACGUGGUGGUGGGAGUUGUGCUCCUGCUGGCGGGCAUCGCCGCCCUUAACCGGGUCCGCAUGGAGAUCCCGUUGGAGAAGGAGAACCAGGAGAAGCUGGUGAAAUUCAUGAUCCGCAUCGGCGUGUUCUCCGUUCUCUACCUGGUUCCCCUGUUGACCGUCGUGGCCUGCUACCUGUAUGAGAGCAGCUACCGGACCGUCUGGGAGACCACCUGGGUGCAGGAGAAGUGCAGAGACUACCACAUCCCCUGCCCAUAUAAGGUGGACAGCACCAGCCGGCCCAACCUGGCGCUCUUCCUCAUCAAGUACCUGAUGAUGCUGAUUGUGGGAAUCCCCUCCGUGUUCUGGGUGGGCAGUAAGAAGACCUGCUUCGAGUGGGCCAGCUUCUUCCACGGCAAGAGACGCAAAGAAGCAUUAACCCCCUGUCCCACUGCCUGCUCCACCCACUCCUCCAUCCUCUCCUACCACACCCACCACCCCACCACCUUCCCCCUGUCCCUCCCCACCCUUCUGCGUCUCUCCCUGCCUACCUUCCCCUUCACCUCGUCCUCUUCCUCCUCCUCCUCUGCCUCCUCCCUGCCCCGCCGCAGUGGGAUGGUCAAUGACAGCCGCCAGGUUCUCCAGGAGCCCGACUUCGCCCAGCUGCUGUACCGGGACCCCAACACGCCCAUCGUGAGGAAGUCAAGGGGCACGUCCACCCAGGGAACCUCCACCCACGCUUCCUCCACCCACCUGGCCAUGCUGGAUGAGCCGCCCAGCGCCAGCACCAGCCGGGCCGGAUCGGUGCGCAGCGCUCGCUCCAAGAUGAGCAGUUACCACGGCAGCCUGCACCGCUCCAGAGACGGAAGGUACACGGGGUCCAGCAUGCCCCGCCUCAGCGACCAGUCCAGACACUGCAGCACCAACCGACUGGAUGGCCUGUCCAGACACGACUCCGCCUUGCGCCUGGACAGCCAAUCGCGACACAGCAGCACCAGAGACCUGAGUGGCGCCGCACAGGCCGUCCUUGGUGUCCCCGGAAAUGGGAUUCACCGAAUCCUGGACGAGGACGGAGCUGCAGCCUGAAGGGACAAAUGAAGGAGGGUCAGAGUGGGACCCAGAACCAGAGUUUUGAUCCAGUCAGAGGAAGGGAAGUACGUUUGGAUCUUUGCCUUAAUGUCUUCCAGCUUUAUCUGCCAGCCCAGCUGAUCCAAAAAAAAAAACUCUCCAAGCUGACUGUCGCUGGGUUUGCAAACAAAGACGAAACCUUACCGUUGGACCUAAACUGCUGAGCCUGACAAAAACAAAAUGUGAAUUUAAUUUUAUUUUUUACUUUAAUUUGUGACUUUGAAAUGGUUUUAAUGGAUGAGACAGGAGCUUUGUCCUCAAGCCUGGGCAUCUUGGCACUCAAAAUAUUUAAAGCCUGAUUUUCCCCUUUAGCUCAGGCAUCUGCUGCAGUUUUGGGUGUCAACAUGCAAGAACAAGUGUGUACAUUGUAGGACCACCUGACAACAGUGCUUAAAUGUCAACGUUGGUCACUUAGCAACAUGGAGGACUGAGCUUAGGUGCAAUUUGGAGGCGUGUGUGUGUCCCCUUCCCUUGCUCCAAGCACAAAUCCAACUGCUUUACAACCUAAGAAAGUAGCUUAGGAAUAACAUUUCUUUUGGUAUCUUACCAACCAACUCAAUUGAGCCCAGGUGCAAUUUGGAGGUGGGUGUCCUCCAGGCAUUGCUCCUGUACAGUGAAAUCCUAAGUAGUCUGUUUAAAUGUGUCCUUACUUGUAGCUACUGUAAAUGUUACUGACAUUUUGUUUAUAGAUGUAAAAACUUUUCAUUUGUAAUAAAAGCUUUUUAAAGAA